CUAUUCCCUAAAAAACGCCGUGUAUGACGCCAUUGCUGCGCGACGGACUUAGCGGUAGUUGACAUGAGAGCAAAAACUCUGCAGUGAUCCGGCUCCGUCUUUGCAGACCAUGUAAAGUCGACAGGGAUUCUUUCUGUCGUUUUCAUCCAAGCGGUUUGCUUUAUUUGCGCUUUUCUCCGACCCAGAAGACCGUUAAGGGAGUCAAAGUUCGCAGGGAGUUUGCAUCUGGCUUCUCCACACCUGACUUCAUUGAAUGAGGUUUAACAUCAGUUAACGUUAGCAUCUGUUUUGGUUCGAUACCCCAUACAAAAUUCAAACGAGCUCAACUUUAAGUCGGAAGAAGUUGGACAAACAUUCUUAUAAAUCUGCAGGUCAACGGUGACGAGCUGGCGCAGGUCGUGAGCUGUCCGUGGAUAAUGCGAGACAGUGGCGGUAGCCUGGCCCAGAACCGCUGGCAGGGAGACCUGGGUCUGACUGCUGUGGGGCAGGACGAUACAGGUGGAGGCGGAAUUCCUGGAGACCACCUCAUAGUCCCAGUGUCAGGCCACAGUGUACCAAGCCCCAUGCACCUCAGGCUGGGGCAGAAGGAGAAGGUAUGGACAGGAGAGUAUGUAGACGCAGAGGAGGAGGAAGAUGGCAUGGGCAGAAUCGAGGCAAUAGGUGACGAGGAAGAAGAAAACAAUCUGGAUGAGGAGGACGAGCUAGAGUUUGAGGGCAAGGGUUGGGAUAACAAUGAGGAGGAAGAAGAGGUGGAACAGGAUGGCGACCAGGCUGAGGUGGAGUGGGAAAUUCCAGACUUUCCCUCCCUGUCCACCCAGCACCCUCAUUCACAACAACCCCAACAUUAUGGACCACAACAGAAGGCAGAAGUAGGUUGUGAUGUCACUGAAGAGAAUACUGUCUCCCAGGCCGAAGCAGGUGCCUUGUUCAGGUCCCACCUCAGCAGGUACAGGGCACUGAGGAAGCUCAAGCGCUGGCAGCGUUUGCGAUCCCAUGGAGGCCUUGGAUUUCGGCUCGCCCUCCACUGGAAGAGCUGGCGCCAGAGGGCCCAGUGGGUAUGUUACCAAGGGCAGCGGUGGAGCCGGAGAGGACAAAGGUACAAUCUUUAUGGCAAGCCAAGGAGGAUAAAAAGACACAGGCAAUCACCAUACACUGAUGGAGACGAUGACUGCGAUGAUGAGAGGUUCCCAGAGUCUAAUAGAGAUAAACAGAUACAUGACUGCUCUCUAGACAAGCAAGAGGGCAGAGGGAGACUGGAAGUGGAGGUCAAACCAGUGGAGCUGGCCCUCACUGAGGAACACAUGAGCUGUGUGACUGGUAUACUUGAAGAAUCUUUACAACAAUAUGGCAGUUUGAUCCCCAUUCAUGUGGAUGACAUCGUGGAGAAGCUUGAGGACAUCUUCACUGAGAGCUUCUCACAGCCACACAGGAAAGCGGUGGUCCAGCACCUAAUACAAUCCUUCCAGCGUUCGUCGGGCUCAACCCUGGCUAAAACCUUCAGGGUCAACUACAAACGCCAUGUUCUGACCAUGGAUGACCUUGGCACUCUGUAUGGACAAAACUGGCUCAACGACCAGGUUAUGAACAUGUACGGUGACCUGGUCAUGGACUCAGUGCCAGAAAAGGUUCACUUUUUCAACAGCUUCUUUUAUGAUAAGCUAAGGACAAAAGGCUAUGAAGGAGUCAAGCGAUGGACGAAAAAUGUUGACAUUUUUCAGAAGGAUCUCUUAUUGAUCCCCAUUCACCUAGAGGUCCACUGGUCGCUGGUCAGUGUCGACAUUCCCCGCCGAUCCAUCACUUACUUUGACUCUCAGCGGACCCUCAACAGACGCUGCCCAAAGCACAUUUUUAAGUAUCUGCAAGCGGAGGCCAUCAAAAAAGACCAGCAAGACUUUUUGACGGGAUGGAAAGGCCUUUUCAAAAUGAAUGUGGGUCGUCAAAACAAUGACAGCGACUGUGGGGCUUUCGUGCUACAGUACUGCAAGUGUCUGGCACUAGGGCAGCCAUUCAGCUUCGGCCAGCAGGAUAUGCCCCGGCUGAGGAGGCAAAUGUACAAAGAACUGUGUCACUGCAAGCUCACCCUGUGACCCACACAUAUAACCCAGCCCCACCAUCUAUACCUGCUCCCACCCCUGACUCUAACAAGAUGGAGGGAUAAUGAUAUAACAAGAAGAGGACAAGGGGAGCAAAUGAUUGACUGACAAGAGAAACUUUCCAAAAAAAAACAAAAAAAACUUAGUCUUUCUCUGCCAACAGUCAGAGAAUCGUGUUCUUCUAUUGUAGGUGAUGUAAUUGUUUCACUUUGUUUUGUCUCUCUUUGCUUCCCUCUCUCCACCCUUUUGAAAAAUCAGAUUUAAUUUCCAUGUUACAAUUAUUCCCUUGUGGUUGACAGAGGCCAAGACUAGCUUCCGUUUUGGAAAUGAUCUAAUCUACCAUCCUAUUGCAGUCAACUUGUAUUUUUUUCUGUCUAAAUGGGAGCAUGAUGAAGAUCAAGAAAAAUAUCUAAAGAAUCGAGUCCAGAUGAAGGUUUGGGCCACAGUUAUUCAAGCCUGACUACUACUUUCAUGUAAGAUGCCUGUCCAGUGGUAGCGUGGGUGUACCGAAAAAAAAAUGAUUUGAACCAGUCUGUUUAAGCUUGUUGUUAAAUAGUACCAGUGGAUUUUCAUGCCUUCUAUCAAACCAGUCCAUACGUUUUAUAUUGUGUUCCAUUCCAGACGUCAAAAAGUGUGAUCAGGCACCGUCUUGGAAAAACAAGUAGAAACACCCAACGUAAAAUAUACUCCGCCAGGCUACAGCCAACGUGCUGUUCAUGAUGCUAUCUAUUUAGUCAACAACAUACUGUUUCUGAUUGCUGUAAGACAUGACAUUCCCGAUGUAUAUUUGUUUAACAAUUUCCCUACAUGAUGUUUAUAUGGAUUUAAAAAAGAUGCUGAUGAUGGAACCGAGAACGCUUACUCAAGGCUGCCAUGUUGACGUCAGUUACAGCUCCAGUGUGUGAAGAGCCAUUCUAUAUUGCAUUUUUAGAAUUGACACAACAUCUUUGGAACACACCACUAAUUGACCCAUGUGCCAGAAAACUCCCUCUACUCCCAUCACUUUUCCCAGAACAUGUAUGAAUUUUACACCCAUGGAUUGAAUGAUCAAACAAGCCAGAAUGACAUAUUGGCCCAAAGAAGGGGUAUCUUUACAUUACAUUUAUCUUUUUCAGUGUUUUAUCUCUGUCAGUAAAUGUGUUGAUAUGCUUAUUGCUUUAAAGAAAUUGUGUUCAAAAAGGAGGACUACUAAUUUGUGUUACUUCGGACUAAGUACCAACACGAGCCUCUGGUUAGUAUUUCUUUGGAAGUUUGAGAGGCGUUUUCGGUGAGGACCACAAUCGCUACAACAGAUCCAGUAUGUCCACGAUAGAGUUACAGUACCCUCCUCUUCUUUUUAUAACGAAAGACUAAUUUGUUGAUAGCUGUGUGUUUUUGAUUCUUUUUCCUUUUUUUUUUUUUUUUUUUUAACAGGAGUUGAUGCAACAGAGUUGACAGUUUUAUAUAUCUUCUACAAUGCAUCAUGGUUGCUAAAAAUAAAAAUACACAGCAAACAAGG